AUGGGGGAAUGGUCAGAUAACGGUUGGGAAUGGAGGUUACUUUGGAACCGAGAUCUGAGGGAGCGCGAGGAGCUUCAGCUCUCCGAGCUACUCUCCAUUUUAAAUAACCAUUCUCUUUGUGUAGGAAAGAAUGAUGAAUGGAGAUGGAAGCCUAAUUCCAACGGCCUCUACACAGUUAAGUCAGCUUACAAACUUAUCCGAGGAGAUAGAGCUUCAAGCAGACUUCGACUGAACAAACAGGAAUUUCAGAUGAUCUGGAGGGCUCUCGUACCACAUAAGAUGAAAAUUACAGCAUGGAGGAUAGUCAAAGGGAGAGUGGCGACAUUCGAAAACCUUCUUAGAAGACAUAUCCAACUGCCUCCAUCAUCCACAAAUUGCAUCUUCUGUAAGUCUCACACCGAGGACAUGAAUCAUUUAUUCUUCACCUGUUCACAGACCGUGGAAAUUUGGCUGGCCAUUAUUCAGUGGCUAGGAGUACAGACGGUCCAACAAAGAGAAGUUUGUAAUCACUUUAUUGCCUUCAUGGGUUUGGGGAAUAAGGCGGCCACACCUUUCCUCUCAAGUGUGUGGAUUUGCUUGAUUUGGAGUUUAUGGAAAGUUAGAAAUGAGUGCAUUUUCGACCAAGGCUCUUGGAAUAAAGAUAAAAUGGUGUUUGAGAUUAAACAGAGACUUUGGAGUUGGACAAAAGUUUAUAUGAUGGAGAUCUCGUCCUCGAAUUUCCAUUCAUGGCUGAGGAACCCAAAUAUUUUCGGUUGA